ACCAUAGUGGGAUGAUCGUUUUCUAUAAGUAAUCAUGAAAGGAUGUAAUCUUGCUGAUCAAAUGAGGCAUACUAAUAAUUUUAUGAUAAAGGAUUGACUAUUAGAUGGAUAAAUUUAAAACGUGAUAUUGUAUAUGUAUUUUUAUAAAUCUUAGUGAUAUAUGAAAUCCCCUGCAUAGCAUUACUUGUUACAUUUUUCAAUGACAGUGCAAUGUUUAAACUCUAAAUUAAACUUUCUAUCGCCAGUUCAACAUGUCUAAAAGGGAGUUUCGACCCAACGCAAAAGCGCAAUCAAAGAGAGUUGGAUUCUUCAGCGGUCCGGUAAUGUCGGCGUUUGGAGCCACCACAAAUUACCCGAGCAGAGUGGAGUCGUAUCGUCCCCGGAGCCCGCAACGGGCCAAUUCGCCACCUAGUGCCAACACAGCUAAAUCAGCAAAUGACUCGGGCGCUCAAAUCUCGCCCCGUUCAGUCAGUUUUGGAAAUAAUAAACGUGAAGAAGAAAAAGAGAAACGUCAUAAGUAUUUGACAGCCCGUUAUGGACAACAUCAAAUGAUGCUUAUACGAAAAAGACUUUCAGUGGAGGACUGGUUGUAUGAAUCAUUGAGGGAUAUGUACAAUUGUGAGAGCGACUCGGAUGACCAUGACUGUACAUUAGACUUAGAAGAUAUUCUCAACCUGGAUACAGAUUCAGAAAGGAUGCAAUAUGCAUAUGAAACUUUAACCGAUGCGAAGAAGCCAUCAGAUAUUGUUAAUGCAUUUGUAAAAGAGCUGUUGCAGAAAGCGAAGACUUUAUAGACCUGCCUGCCAUCCGGAAAGCCAGAUCUCGUCUUUCAUCUGAUUGGUCGACCCUCAUACUCAUUUUACAAGUGUACUACACCAACAUGGGAAUGUGGACUUCUGCGGAGGCUGACUUUUUUUCAGAGUUAAGAAGAUCAAAUAGACUUAGGCUCCAUACUGAUAAAAUUUUCUAAUUCUAAAUACUCGGUGUUUAAAAUGAGGAAAACGUACUUAAGUUUGUUUUUAUAUGUCAUAAAAGGUUAAUAAGUCCACCAGUGAAUAGUUUGCAUUAUAGUUGUGCAUCUAUGAUAUUCCUCUAUUUUUUUAUGCUGUUACAAGAUGUUUCAUGAAAGUAUUAAAGUGACACUCUUAUUCCCACUUAAGAUUUAUCACAAUUAAUACUAUUGUUUUAAUAUUCCAAAAAGGAUGAAUAAAUGUUGAAAACAAUGGUUCUUUUGAAGGAUACCGAGAUUAAAAGAAAAUGUGCUUAAAAUACAGUAUUUCUACAUUAUGGGACUAUAGUAGAUCACAGUAAAUCUUUUAGCACUCACCAAUCAUUUAAUAUUUUUGCGUGUUCAGCUAUUAAAUACACGGUUACAAUCUUGUUAUCAGUAAAUAAUACUUUCCAUAAAUGCAUUAUUUAGUAGUUAAAAGUUUAUCACCCAUGUGUAUGUAUUGAUUUUGAGUAAGAGUGUCACUUUAACAGAAGUUGGUGUAGUUCCUGUCCAUACUUUGUCAUGUAAUUGUUGUAGUCAUGUGACUCUCUCUCUAUCAUUCAGGGAUUAAUUUAGUUGUAGGAGUGUUUGAGAAUGUUUGAGAUGUGUAUCCUUAGAACUAUUGUCUCUUGAAUGUUUAUUGAUAUAAUCAUUGUAUUGUGAUUCAUUUGAUGAUCUUAAUUCAUAAAAGUAUAGACAUAGAUUUGGACUGACGUUGGUUUAUCUACAUUGAAGAAAAACAGUGUCCUGUGUUGAUAUUUUUGCACUAACCUUGUACUUUGUACGUGUAUUAUACUUACACAAUUAUUUUAUUUCCUUAUUUUCUAUUGAUGUUAUACCAGUAGGUCAGAAAGGUUUACAUAUAUGCCACAAUGUGUGUUUAUGUUAUCAGGGACUUCCUAAGUCCUGCUGAAUUCUUGUUUGCUUUUCUAAUAUCAAUGCUACUGUAUGUUUACCUUAAUCCAUUCACAAGUUCAAACUAUAUUCAAGUACUUAAGCCCCAGUCCUGGCCGCACAGCUUUAUUAGUUUUCAGAAAAGAAUAUCCUUUAUCUUUGUUAAAAAUACUAAUAUUAUUAACUUUGCUUUUGGUUUUAGUCAUGUACUCAAUAACUGUAUAGGUACACUUUUUUUUUGGCGCACAUAUGUUUCAAUUCUUGUCCAUGCAAAAGUAUCCUUAUAUUUUAAGAUUACUGCAUUCCAAAUGUUUUCAUAUAUCAAAACGAAAUUCUUUUAAAGGGAAAUAACUGAAUUUGGGUAACAUUUUGUCUGAUUGUAUUAUCAUUCUUUUACAAACUGGUACUAACACUAAAUUUUAGUGAAAACUAGUCAUUUCCAUUGUUGGACCCCCGAUCCGGUUUCCAACAGUGGUCAUUUUAGAUUUCAUGAUUUUAUAACGGUGAUAAAACGAAUUGUCUCAUAUCAAUGUUGUCUCUAAUUGGUUUGGUAGAAAUUUACAUUAUACUUAUCCAUAGAAUUAUGGAAUUUUGUAAUAAUUUUGAAAUCCUGAAGGUUUUAUGAUUACCGUAAUUGACAAAUAAGUGUUUAUUAUGAUUGUGUUCAUUGUUCUUUUUGUGUUUAUUUUUGGUUUUAUCAGAUUUUAGAGACAAUGUGAUCAUAUUGUUGGAUUAUUAAUUUAUUUGUGUAUUAACUCUGUAUAUAAAAGCUGUAAAUACUUGUAGAAGUAGAUAUUUCAUUGCAGUUGAUAUUUUUUGCAUCAAAAGAAAGAGAACAAACUUGUGCUUGUCGAUAGUGACUUUUCUGGUUCAUGAAUUACAUCAUGAACUCACUGUUCCUUAUAAUAAUAUACAAAUAAGCAAGUUGCUUGGAAGUGAUAUUUUUUAAGAUACCAAUUUGAUUGAUAACUUUAUGAAAGAAAAUUCCUCUGAAUUCAUCAUGCUUUAUUUAGGAUACAUUCAAGCUGAAAUAAAGCUCAAACUGAAGAACUGACAAAACAAAAUCUCUUGAUUUUGAUUUUAAAGAGAAGAACAUACUUAAUGUUCAAGAAAUUGUAUAAACUUUUUAAAUGUUUAGAGAAAAACUAUGUUGAUAGUAUAUUUGUUGCUAUUUGAUCACAACUUGCUGGUAUAGUUCUGGGUAUACUCAUAUACUAAACCUAGUGAGGUAUUUAUAUAUGGUGUUUGAUAUUGUACAACAACUACAUAUACUAUGAUAUGUUGACUGUGUAUUCAAAGCAAUAAGUCGGGUUUGACAUUAGAUGUGAUAUGCAUGUAGUCUGUCUGUCGAACCUUUACCACAUCUGAUGUCUGUAUAGAUAUUUAGAUGUGUUCAUCUGUUCGUUUUUUGAGCGAUGCAUGGUAGCACAAAUGUUCCUUUGUUAAAAUAAUGUCAAGCUACCUUAUGUGGCUUACAUAAUUUGCUUUUUCAACUAAAUGUUCAUACUGUAGGAAUAUUUUUAAAUUUAAUAUCUUCAUAGUUUGGUUAAAAAGAAUACAUCAAGCUAUAAUUGGUGAAGAAACAUAAUGCUUUGGUUCCUUUUCCCAAACAUAAAACAAAAUUUUGACAAUGUUGACAAUACAAUAAAUAAUUGUAGUUAACAAUGUUGUAAUAUCAUUAAUGUAAGGACAUUUCAAUGUAAUAGAAGCAAUAAUGUCACAGUCUGCUGACUUAACAAAAUGUCUUCCUACGCUAGUGUAUAAGCAUUUUUAGCCGGAUAUUUUUGUGAAAAUACUUCAUCUUUUUACAAGUUUUAUUUUUUAUUUUACUCACUGUUUUUUUAUGCACCAGAAUAACAAAAAUUUAGAAUACAACCUACAUCUACAGCCAAUGAAAUUGCAAACAGGCAGUUAUUAAGUACUAGGCUUCAUAAUUAAAAAAAAUCAGCUUUCGCAGGUGUUUUAAGGUCCGCCCACUGCCACUCAUCUGAUACACAAUUCCUGCGUCAGAUUUUGGGUUGACAUUGUGUCAGCCAAUGAGGAUGUAUUCUUAGCCAGUUUGAUGACCUGACUUAAACUCUUUAUGAUUAAGAUCACGCUCACUCUGCCCAUUCUUAAUCAUUAAGAUUUUAAUUCAUGUCAUCUUACUAAUACUUGGAACCAGAUAAUGAAUUUAUUGCAUCAGUAUUUUUAUUUAUACGAAUUUUAACUGAGGACAGUUCCCUUUUAUUUUUCACUCUAUGGAGGUGGAAGAACUGAUUGCAAUAGCUGCAGGAUUUUUAAGCAUGUGGUUGUAUUGUAGAAUGGAUAAAAUGUGAGAUAUGUGUGGAAAAUGUUGAUCAUAAUUAUAUAAUCAUGUAUUUUUUUCUGGCAUUUUUGUCAGUUAUAUAUUAGAUUUUGUUCAGAAUUAGAAAUAAAAUUCUGAGAAGCAGAACAAUGUUAAUUAUUCUU